ACCCUUUCAAAUAUGACUUUCUGAGAAAGGCCCUCCCUAAAUGUGUUUUUCUGUAUUACCCGACCCUUGAAGAAAACCUUUUCCACUAGCCAAAUACUAACACGGCGUCAGGGGCAAGUGUCAGAAUACAACUUUGUUGAUCUACACACUUUCUUCUUCCUUCUCUCUAACUAGGAUUUCCAUUUCCGAAACCACCUUUGAUCUCCCAUCUGGAGGGAGGGACAGAGCCCUGGAUUCAGGAUCUACAGGAUAUGGAGUCCUUGAGCUGCUCCUACCCAAUGGCAACUGACAAGACGUGGCCUGAGAUUCAGAAGGCACAUUCAAAACAAGAUGUUUUUGAAAAUGGAGAUGUUGGCUGGAUAAAAGUUAAAAGUCGCCUAAAAGUUGUUUCCCAAGGUCCUGGGCUUGGAGAAAUUGGUGUGCAGAAUGCCAAAUUAGAAAAUCAAUGGAAAACGCCCAUGAUGGAGAAACUGAGAAAAGAGAGAGGAGGUUCUGAGGAUGUGAAUGUCAAGAAAGGAAAGAACCAGAAACCACUGAAAAAAAACACCAAUCUAAAUUCAAUAUGCAUCCCAUACGACAGAGUUCCUACAGAACAGAGACUCUAUGACUGUGCCAAAUGUGGCACAGACUUCAGCUGGCAUUCAGACCUAAUUCUCCAUGAGCGAAUUCAUUCUGGUGAAAAACCUUACACAUGUAAUGAGUGUGGGAAAGCAUUCAAAACCAGGAGUCAGGUGUGUAUGCAUCAGAUAAUCCAUACGGGGGAAAAGCCCUUUGACUGCACCCAGUGUGGGAAGGCCUUCAAUAGUAGAUCAGCUCUUUGCCGACAUAAAAAUAUCCACAGUGGAGAGAAGCUUCAUGCUUGCAGUGAUUGUGGGAAAGCCUUCAAGACCAAGAACCGUCUCAAUAUGCAUCAGAUCAUCCACAGUGGAGAGAAGCCUUAUGAAUGUAAUGACUGUGGUAAGGCCUUCCAGUUUAGGCAUUCCCUUACCACGCAUGGCAGGAUCCACACUGGAGAGAAACCGUAUGGAUGUGAGGAGUGUGGGAAGGCCUUCAGCGGGAGCUCAGACCUCUCCAAGCACAAAAGAAUUCACACUGGUGAAAGACCAUAUGGGUGCAACCAGUGUGGAAGGGCUUUUAUUCGGAGCUCAGACCUAAGCAAACACAAGAGAAUCCACACUCGGGAGAAAAACUAUGGUUGCCUGCAGUGUGAGAAAGCAUUCAGUGUCAAGGCAGAGCUCACAAAACAUAAAAGAAUCCACUCUGACGAGAAGCCUUACAAGUGUAACUUAUGUGGCAAAGCCUUUCGUCAUAACUGUAAACGCAGGGCGCAUGAACAAGAACACACUGGAGAGAAGCCCUAUCAAUGUGGGGAUUGUGGGAAAACAUUCCAGGAUCGAUACUGUCUCACCGUCCAUCAAAGAAUCCACACUGGAGAGAAACCUUAUAAAUGUUUGAGGUGUGGGAAGGCUUUCAGUGGGAAAUCAAACUUGACCAGUCAUCAAAGAAUCCACACAGGAGAGAAGCCUUACAAAUGUGAGAUGUGUGGAAAGACCUUCCACCACAGUUCAGUGCUGAAGCAGCACGAGAGAAUCCACACUGGUGAGAAGCCAUACACCUGCAAUGAGUGUGGCAUGACCUUCCGUCAGUGCUCAGCUCUAAUUGGACAUCAGAGAGUUCACACUGGAGAGAAACCUUAUGAAUGUGAAGAGUGUGGGAAAGCCUUCAGAGUGAGCUCAAAUCUUCAUGGACAUAAAAAAAGAAAACACAGCAUGUGGGGAACCCAUGAACUUUCUGAGAGCAGGAAAUCUGGUUCCCAGGUCUUCUCGGUAGUCAGUAUUUUGACCCCCAACCCCUGAGUAAUGAUCUGGAGUUUAUGCUUUCCCACUUCUCCUUCUACCUCUUGGAGUGUUCUUUCUCAAUCCCUUUAUAUUGGUUCUUCUUGGUUCCCUAGCCCCUCAUUGUGACAUACCAAGGAUAUCCUUGACCUUCCUAGUUAGUAUGUAUUUCUUCUGUAAGCACAUUCACUUCCAAGAUGCUCUCUGUCACUUCUGAAGAGUAGAAUCAAAGAGUGCUGAAAUGAGCACUGGAAUACAAGAGUCUGCCUGAGUCCCUGCUCUCAGUUCUCUUUUACCCUGGUGGUAUAAUGGUUACCCAUCUGGCUGCGAUCCAGAUGGUUAGCAGUUCAAAACCACCAGCCACUCCAUAGGAAAGACUGGGCUUUCUACUCCCAUAAAUAGAGUUUCAGAAACCCACAGGGGGUGACAGAAUCAGUCAGUAUUGACUCAAUAGCAGUGAGUUUUGGUUUAACCCAUAUUCAGUAAGGCUGAAGGAUAAAGGUUAAAAUAGAAUUGGGAAGUCCUAGGAGGGGUUUCAGAUAUGGGAAGGCCAUUAACAUAAUGGCCAUAAUUGAGAAUUAAAUUUCGUUCUGAGUUUCCUGAAUGGUAGAGAAAGAGAUAAACAAGUAAUUCAGCUUUA